AUGUGUGCUGACGUUCGUGCGUCAAAAUGAGUGGGCGACACCUCGACAGAUCGAGUGACCGUUGAUCGAGUGGAAACGGAGAGGAGCCAGAAUGGAGGAAAAGAGAAAGCAUUAAAUUGGACUUAUACGUUAUGGCGAUAGUACGAAGAUAUGGUCUUUUGCGGAAAAAGGAGCAACAGAAAACAAUACCGAAGCUCAGUAAUGUUUUUGGAGAUGACAAUGCCUCUGAUGAGGAGGAUGGCACCGAUUGGGUCAGGAAAGCUCUUAAAGCAGAAAGUGAGAAGAAUAGAAUAAAAAAGCAAACAAAACUUGAUAUACAAAGAGCUCUAAAUGAGGACCCAACAAUUUAUCAAUAUGAUGAAGUGUACGACAAUAUGGAACGGAGCAAAAGUCAAUCGGAUGUCAAGAAGCAGAAGGAAAAGAAACCUAGGUAUAUACAGAAACUCCUAAAAACAGCUGAACGAAGAAAGAAGGAACAGGAGCAUAGAGUAGAGAGAAUGGUACAAAAGGAACGUGAAGCAGAAGGUGAGAUGUACGCAGACAAAGAGAGCUUUGUCACAUCGGCAUAUAGAGCAAAGUUGGAAGAAUUUAAAGAAAUGGAAGAGGAGGAAGCCAGAAUAAGUAGAUUGGAAGCUAUCGGAGAUGUGACAAAGCAGCAAGAUAUGUCAGGUUUUUAUCGUCACUUAUAUGAGCAAACUACUGAUUAUAAGAGUGAAAUUAAUGAAGAUAAAAAUAAAACCAAGGAAAGGGGUGCCGAGCAAAAGGAAAAGAACAAUUCAACAAGUGACACAAAUGAAGAAAAUGAAAAUACAAUAAUGAAUAAGACGGCCAAUGCAACAGAUGAAAUACCAAGAGCAGUUAUAAAAUCUAAAAAAUCAAGGCAAUAUAGGCAAAGAGCAAUAGAAACAUAUGAAUCUGAUUCUGAAACUGAAACGAGCAAAGAAGAGUUAAAACAAAAUCAGAAUAUUAUUUCAACAAGGAGCAAAGAUACAUCAGAAAUACAUGAACCAGAAGGAAAGAAACAAAAAUUAGAUAAAAAUAAUAUAAAUACAGUUGAAAAUAUCAUAGAUGUUAAGAAUAAAGAUUUAAAUGUAAAGGAUCUGAAUAUACCUCAAGAUAGCAAAAAAAUUGAUUCAGAAAAUGAAGUCGAGAAUGAAAAGAAGCCUGUUGAAAAAAAGGAUAGAUCCUCCAUCUGGAUAAAAAGAACAGUAGGUCCUUUAUUCGAAGAAGCAUUACAAAGAUAUUAUGCACGGAAAGCGAAGAGGUUGACUAUUGUGAAUUAGAUUGUAAUUAACUUAAAAUUAUUUGUCAUAAUAAUAAUAAUAAUAAUAAUAAUAAUAAUAAUAAUAAUAAUAAUAAUAUACG